AUGGAUCAGUUGGAGCAGAAUCAAGCUGCUAUGAGGGAGGAUAUGACCACUGCGAAGGCUCAGAUGGGUCAGCUCAUUGAAGCCCUACAAGCUCUAGCUAGGGGACAAGAGGAAAUGCGCCAGGCUAAUCUGAGAGCCUCUACUGCCAACCCUGUUGUUGUGACUAUACCGGUGGAUCCACCAGGAGGAGCUGGUACACCUGCUGUAGCUCAGCCACCUCCCGAAAGAGGUCUGGUGUAUCAAAAUGCUAAUCAGACGUUCAAUAUUCCCGCCAAUGGGACAUUCCAACCUGAGAUUGACGAUCAGCAGAACGUUUUCUUCACUACAAAGGCUGACUCAGUUUAUGAAGCUUUUGGUCCUUCUCCUGCUGACAUCGAAAGGAGAUUUCAAAUGAUGGAGGAGAGAUUCAAGGCGAUGCAAGGUCCUGAUACCUUUGGGUUGGAUGCUACCGACAUGUGCCUGGUGCCAGACGUGAAAAUUCCUCCCAAGUUUAAAGUCUCGAGCUUUGAAAAGUAUCAAGGGGUCACUUGUCCAAAGACCCACAUCCGAGCUUUCUGCAGAAAUAUUGUCGCUCAUUCUAGUGACGAGAAACUCUUAAUGCACUUUUUCCAGGGCAGUCUUAGUGGAGCUUCUCUGGAAUGGUAUAUGCAGCUCGAGCGCACGCAUAUACGAACCUGGAGGGAACUUGCUGAAGCCUUCUUGAAGCAUUAUCAGUAUAACUUAGACAUGGCUCCCAAUCGGACUCAGCUCCAAAGCCUUUCUCAGAAGCCGGAUGAAUCGUUCAAAGAGUAUGCUCAACGAUGGAGAGACCUGGUUGCCAGGGUUCAACCCCCUCUUCUUGAAAGAGAGUUGAUAAACAUGUUCGUGGAUACCCUUCAAGGACGGUGUAGCGUAAAGCCUCCGAUGAAGACCCGACUUUUGAAUAUAGAGACGUUCAAACAUCUUAACAGGAGCUUGAUCCGUUGGUUAGAUGGAGACAUUGGGGAGGGUGAAAAGAUCAGAGUAAUUCAAAGGCUUGAUACCACGUUCAACCAAAAUGGAGAAGUUUGUUUCUGGGUGAAUGUUAAAACUGAUAGAAAUGUUCACAUGACGAUGUAUAGUUCUCACGAUAUUGUUCUGAUGGUUAUAAUUGCAUAG